GGUUUGGCGUUUGCCAAUUGCCGGGUGUUUGCCGCUGGUUUCGCCGCUGCUCCAGAGGACUAUAAAAGCGGUGGUUCAUCGGUAGCAAAGCAUACUCGUUCAAUCGCAACCGGUAGACUACCACACCGCAAACUUCAACAUGUUCAAGCUGUUCGUUCUCGCCGCCCUCGUGGCCGUCGCUGCCGCUGCCCCAGCUCCGGGUUUGGUAUCAGCUCCAGUCGUGUCGGCAUAUUCCGCUCCCGCGGUCGUCGGCGCCGUUCCUGUGGCUAGUCCCUAUUCCGCACUGCCGGCCUACAGCAGCUAUGCGUCUCCUCUGGCAUACUCUGCCUACUCUGCCUACUCUCCGUACGCCUACAGGUCUGCCUACGUCAGCCCUCUCGGUUACUACUAGUAAGAGAAGAAAACGAGGAGUGUGAAGAAUUGUUGACGAAACGAGCAUGACUAACCUGCGUGUAACGCAUUUCAAAAAUUUUGGAUAAUGUAACGCAUUUAAGUAACAACGGCAAAUAAAAUGAAAAAAAAAUAUCACUUA